AUGAAGUACUCACUCUACCUUUGCGCCUUCUGGCCACUAGCAUUUGCAUCCAUAACGUUGCUGGACCCUGGCGACUAUGUCGACGUCGACGCAGAUGACAGCGACAAUGCCCUCGCGAUGGAUUACAAGAAUCCCGGUGUGACCUACCAAACUAUCUCUGUUACAGGUCCAUAUUAUUAUUCCGAUAAAGAUGUCUCUCUUGCCCAUAGGGUCUACGAAGUAAAGAAGAACGACACCAGCGUCAUCGUCGUGACGGAUUCUUCUGACGCGAACAUAAGUUCUGUCGAUGUGAUUAAAUACGGCUACGCCUCCAGCCUCAACCAGGCCAGUUUCUUCGGUGUAAACGCUGCUAUUAACGUUGCAAAUGCCUCAACCGCAAACAUCGCAAACUCAAAUAUCACUACUCGCAAUGGAGCUGCCAAUCUCUACGCCUACGGAACCAAUACAACUGUCACAAUCACAAACUCAGACAUGUACAGCUCGGGCCCCUGUGCACAUGGGGUAUACGCAGCUGGAAACGCCACAGUAUAUGCCGCGGGAAUUCGUCAAUACUCUGGUGGCAUUCGCAGCUCGGCUUUUGCCGGUGAUUCACCCGGUGGAUAUCUACACAUCAACAACUCUGUUGCACAUACUGCCGAGCGUGGGAGUGCGAUCUUCUACGCUCUCGGUGAGGCAUACGGAACUGACCUAGUCGGUGUUGCCGAAAACUCCCCCAGUCUCUUUUCCGACGGGGCCCAGAAAGCGGUUUUUGAGAAUGUCGAUUUCACGGCCGGGCUGUUAGCUGGCACGGUGAUGUUCUGCUCAACUCCGCGUCAAUCGGGAGCUUCUCUUUCUUUUACUAACUCGCAUCUUACUACAACUGGCGAGACGAUGGCGGGCCUAUGGUUUGGAAAUGUCAUUGCUGAGGCAAAGUUGUAUUCGACGACUAUCAGCACUAGAUCUGGGAUCCUUGUUAUUGCUAAUUCAUCCCGGAUUACGCCUGAAUUUGAUUAUUUUGCUGGAGCAGAGUAUAGCAGUUUUGUUUUGCCUGCGAUUGUGGAUAUUGAUGUUGAGGAGUCGACGCUUGUGGGGGAUUUGGUGACAUAUAAUGGUAGUUCUAUUUCGUGGGGACUUGGUAAUCAUUCGACUUGGACUGGUACGGCCUAUUCGAUUGGUAAUAAUGGGUCUGUUGCCGUGUCUUUGGAUUCGACUUCGACGUGGAUUGUUACGGCGGAUACCGUUUUGCAGAACAUUACUACAACCAGGUUGUCCAAUAUUCAUGAUCAGGGUCAUACUAUCUACUAUGAUUCCAGCUCAAGUGCGAACUCGUGGUUGAACUCGAGUACGGUGCGACUUCCGGCUGGGGGUCGCUUGAGUCCAAUUCAUUAG